CUAAUGAAUUUGAGAAGAUCCUAGAUAGUGAAUUAGAUUACUUUAUUGAAGUUUUUAAUGCAUCCAUGUAUCUGGUAUGUAUCUUUUAAUAUCAGCGGUGAUUUAUUUUUAAAAUUUACUUUAUAUAAUUAAUUUCAUGAAAAGAAGACCCAUUCAGUGAAGUAAAAACGUAAAGCGUUUUAGUGAACUAAAAGCGUAAAAUCGUAAAUUUUUAAGUUUUAAAGCGCAAUUUAGUAUGAUUUUAUACACUAAAGUUUUUACAUAGAAACGAAAGUGUGUUGGUGACCUAGAAGCGUAAAACCGUAAGUUUUUAAGUUUUAAAGCGCGAUUUUGACUGCAUUGCCUACGUUCAUUGUAUUGGACGGUCUUGGCCAAACUUAGGUCACAUAAUUCACCGAGCAGGGGACGUCGCUCCCUCUUUAGAGUGGGGAAACACGAAUUUGAGGGAAUCCGUAUAUAAUUCGCGAAUUUCUACCUCUUGGAGCGCGAUUUUUUCCAGAAAAUUCGUGAAUUUACUUCAUAGUAAACAGAGGAGAAGAGAAAGUGUUGAUGGUGGUAACUAUUGAUUUGACGAAGGAGAAGGUCGAUGGCUAAUUGAAGGAGGAAGCUGAAAAGAUGCCUAAGCCUACCUCUGCAUCUGAAUAAGAUCUAUUAAUUGCGAAGAUUUUGAGCUUUGGGAUGACUCUUGCCAGCGCACAAUAUUGCAAUAUGUAUUUAGGUUACCGAUUUCAAAACCCAGCAUGCGGGGAGUCAGAGGAGUUCUCCUGUGUUUCGAAGACGAGAAGAUUCGAGGUAGAAAAUGGGGAUUCGUUGGUCGGCAGAGGGAGUUGAUCGAGAGAGCUGCUUUUGCUGCAAUUGAGGCGGCGGGGGAGCUUACGUUUGCUCGUUUAGGGUUGACAGCUGGGUUUGGACUCCACUAGGUUCAAUUAGUUGGGCCAAUGCAAAGUCAUUUCUAUCAGCAGGUGUCCAUGGUCCAAUGGCCAAUGCUUUAGUUAGUUGUGGUUGACAUAUCAACAAGGAAGUUUAUAGUUUUAAUUAGAUACUUUGGUGAUUAAACUCUUAUUUUUUUUGUUUUACAUACGAUUUAACCAUACAACCUUUUAAUUAGUCUCAUUUUUCUAUGAGGUAUGAGAAUAUUUUGUCCAAACCUGGUACUAUUUUAAAUAAAAUAAUAUAAUUUUAACGCUCUCUUGACGCUCUGAACUUAUAAUUUUAAGAAUAGACGUUUUCACGCUCUCGCUCUCUCGCUCCAUGAAUCGGUAACCUAAGGCCAAACUCGAAAUGUUAGCCUCGCUAGCUAGUAGCUAGAGCGAAGUCAAAGCUAAGGACCCUUUAAUUGGUCACCCAAACUGAACUUUAGUAGCCAAAUCGGUGUUGUGGCCAGAAGCUGCUAAAAUGGCGGUGGCCCGCGUCUUGACUCUGAAGUCUGAACCAACUACGUGGGAAAAAUAAGUCAAGCUCAAAGUCUCCCGUUCUUUUUUUUUUUCUUUUCGAACCGGAGUGUACGACUUCUGCAGCUCUAAUCCGAGGGAGAUUAUUGCAACGAAUCUGGGUAAGCUCGAUGAACACAGACCAAAUGAUACCCAUUGUGAAAUUCGGGGAUCCCUUAUUCUUCUAUCUGAGCUUCUUCAUCUCUUCUCUCGCACUGUAUUUAUGUCCUCUGUUCUCAAACUGUCAAACAGACACACUCUUACAAGGGCAGGAACUGAAAGAUGGGUAUCACUUGGAUUCAGCGUUCGGAACUUUCAGGCUGGGCUUCUUCACCGGUCCAGAUUCCCACCGCUACCUCGGAAUCUGGUACAACAUUCCCAACUCUCAGCAGUACCGCCUCCGCGGCUUCCCUCCCUACUUUAGCACCUCCCCCAACGGAGACGAAGACGAGGGGCCAGCACCCGUCUGGGUCGGAAACGUGAACGUCCCAAUCAUUAGUAGAACAGGGGUUCUCACUGUAGCAAGUGACGGGAACUUGAAGAUCGGAAAUGGAAGAGGUGAGGAGAUUGUUUCCCUGACCGCCGCCACCGGAAUUUCAGGAAAGACAAGCGGUGUUUUGCUUGAUUCCGGCAAUUUUGUGCUUCGGGAGCUGAAUCGAGAUGGGUCGGUGAAGCGGGAACUGUGGCAGAGCUUCGAUUACCCAACGGAUACCCUUCUGCCAGGGAUGAAAUUGGGCGCCAAUUUGCGAACUGGGCAGGUUUGGUCUCUGAAACCAUGGCCGUUAGAGACCAAUUUCACUUUUGGGUUGAACCCAAACGGGACGAUCAAGAACCAAUUGGCGAUACUGUGGAACGGACGGGUGUAUUGAAGAAGUGGGGUGGGGCUGAAUCCGGUUUUCCGGGAUUAUAACUUCAGGUAUGUCUCAAGUAAUAAUGGAGAAGACAGGUACAUGGUUUACAAAGCGAGGGAUGGUAUUGCUUAUCCUAGGAUCACCAUUACUAGCCCUGGCAUUCUUAGUGGUCAUGAUCGCACCGCAUUCGUGGGGUGUGACUGGAAAUUUGAGAACGGUGGUGGAUGUUUUGCUGGUGAUGAUACGCCCAUUUGCGGUACAAGGAUGUGGCCGUCCAGCUACGACUAUCCGGCAGUACAAGCCUAUAUAGAGAAGUUUCGUCUCAAAGUCAGCCAAGUUGUUUUUAAAUCAUAUAAACAUUACAAAUAUUACAAACAUGAUAAACAAAAAUGGCAAAUCUUACAAACAAUACAAAAUAAAUCGACCAACAUUACAAAGACGUGGGAGGGAGGGGAAAAAAUCCAACGGGACCCACUUUAUUUUUUAUUUUUUUAAUUAAUAAAUAAAAUAAUUAUGCAAUUACCAUCUUACUCUUCAUUAAAUGAGACUAAUUGGAGCCAUUAAAUUAUAAUUUAAAUGGAGGACUAAGACUGACUUACUCAAGUGACUAAGGUCCCAUCAUGUCCUUACUGCCAGCUAGGGCUGUUAAUGAGCCGAGCCGAACCGAGCUUUGCCAUAGUUCAUGCUCGGCUCGUUAAUAUAUUUCCAAGCUCGAGCUCGGCUCGUGUUCGUCACGAGCUUUAAUAUGCAAGCUCGAGCUCGGCUUGUUUAUGAAAAGGAAAGCUCGAGCUCGAUUCGAGCUCGGCUCGUUAAAUAAGGUUAACGAGCCCAAAAUCGAGUUAAGCUCAUAAAAUAUUCAUAAUAACUCAAGAUUUACCUAGAACUGGACACAAGAUUUCAUUCAAACUUGUAGUAAAGUCUAGCAAAAUAAAACACAAUAUUUAUCCCAAUUUCAAUACAUAAAUCCAUGAAUUAUAAUCCUUUCUUAUGCCAAAAUGUUAAAUGAGCUUGUUCGCGAGCUUUUGAGCUGAACAUGGUAUGGCUCGAGUUCGGCUCGUUUAGUUAACGAGCUUGUUCGCGAGCCGGCUUGAUUAAGACGAAUGGAGUUUUGAACGAGUUUUUUCGAGUCGGACGCUGAGCCGUUCAUGAGCGGCUUGGUUCAUUAACAGCCCUACUGCCAGCACACAAGGAACGGAAACACUCACAUUUCUUUUUCAAUAUCAAUUUUAAUACAUGAUGAAAUAACAUUAAAACCUCUCAUUAAUUCUUGCAAUUAUCCAAUCAUUAUUUUAAAAAUACUAUCUAUAGCCCCUAAGGGGUGUAAGUUUGACCUAAAGACCCACUGACCCGCCUCGAGGGUCGGGUUGGGUCAGAUUGUCUACAUGCUCAGUUUAGAGUCGGGUAUUCUUUUGACCCUGUAAGGGUCGGGUCAACUUAGGCCGAGUCACUUUUUGACCCUGUGACUUAUCAACAACUAUGAUUGCAAUUAUCCAAUCAUUAUAUUAAAAAACUAGUGAUGUGAAAUUCCUCAUACCAAUAUAUUGGACCUAUUUGUUAACUUUUAAAAGUUUAGGUACUAAAUUGUAAAGAAAAAUUGGGUACCAAAACAUAAAUUUGCCACCAAAUUUUAUGGAAUUAUUUGUAAAAAAAAUUAGGCACUACAUUGUAACAAAAAUAAUUUUAGGUACCAAAAUGUAAUUAUUAAAAAUCAGUGAGUUGAUUAAUGCCGAACCACUGACUAGACUUUCCCCGACCAUUUUUGACCCUUUAGGGGCAUGACUACAGUCACGGCUAACUUCAACCUAACUCCACCACUGGGCGAAUCAGUUAUAUAUCUUGGCCCUUCAUAAACGGGUCAAUCAGGAUGAGUAAGGGGCAUUAUUGACCCUUCCCUAAUCAAAGGGACUAAACCCCCUCUCCUCCUUAGUGACAUGAUCUCAUCUCUGGGGGCUCUCAUCCCUUAAGCUAAGAAAACCAUGCUACCAUU